GCUCCGCCCCUGCUGGGUCGUUCCUCCAUUGUGGCGGAGGCCGCGCGAUGGCGGGUGAGGCGUUUUGGAGGCCCCCCCGAGCUUGCGCAGAUUACUGGUCUGAAUGGAAGCUGUGCCGGAGCAUCCGGAAUCUAUACCAUAAUUACUACACUUACGGGCAGACGCCAUCCUGCGCCCAGUGGAAAAAGGAUUACAAGAAUUGCAAAGAGUGGGAGAGAACGAAAAACGCCAUGGCCAAGGACCUGUUGUGUAACAGCGAGCGAGCACGGGUUGCCAAGAAGGAGAAAUAUGCACCAGUGUGGAAGAUGAGAACAAGUCCUCCAGCUGAUUGGAAUUCACCCAUUGGGGAAGAGGACUUCAAACGAUGAGGCCCUCCAUUAUCUUAGGUUGGACUUCUGUCUGAUGCCACUCAGUAAUACUGAAUGUGGGGAUUUUUCCACUAUAAAUCUGUGCUGCCACCAGGC